GUGACUUGGAGGACACACAUACAACACUUGAAACAAACGGCUAUAAAAUGAAGCCAUCGGCUUUUAAAUUGAUCGAAAAUGAAAAUGUAGAGCAAAAAAGAAUAUCUAAGGUACAUACUACUACCUAAUUUGACUUGAGAGUUGUAGCAUAGAUCCUAUCUAACAUUUCGGUAAAGAAUCGCCCACAGAACAGCUUGAAUAAGGAAAAUUAGGGAGCAAGAAAAAGCGGCGGCUGUUAUGUGAAAAAACUAGAAUAAAUUGCAUUUUGUGCGCCGUGUCUUUGUGUUCAACGAACAUACGAAUAGCUGUAAUAAUGAGAUAAACACCAUCGAUUUGAUUGUUUGCCAUCACUCACGGAUCCUGACACUCACACAUUCAAUACACACUAAUAUACCAACCCGUAGCCAAAGAAACAUUGUGGUAAAGGAAUGCGUCGAUUGCAUACGAAAGCCGUCUUCAGAACCAAACCAGUUUAUUUACAAGGUGUAAAAAGGCACAUCGUUUAUUUGUAAAAUUAAAGGAAUCCAAUUCAAAUGCUCAAGGAUGAUUCGAAUGGCAGGCUCAAAAUUGCUUGCCCGAUUAUUGCUGUUGAUUUCAUCAAUAACUCUGGUCUCAUUGCUGGCCCUCACUCGAUGCGGUAUCGGUGGUCUUGUUGAUAACAACAUUUUAAUAACCGAUGAUGAUGGUGGUGUUAUCCAGCAAUCGCAUGCCGACACACUCAACCGAGACCAGCAGAAUAAUUAUAUGAUUUUAUUGCAACAGCGUGAAGAGGAAAAUCGUCAAGAAAUUGCCAAAUUGACAGCGGAAAUAAAAGCGCUCAAAGUACAACUAUUGCAACAUCGAAAUAAAAAUUCAGUGUCUUUUGAAUCACAUAUCCAAGAUAUAUCAUCGUCGUCGCUUCCAUCGCAAGCCACACCAGCUGUUACAAAUCAGCAGCAGCAACAGCAGCCGCAAUCUUCUUCUGUGACAGCCGCAUCGGCCUCAAUAUUGGGCGAAUGCACGAAUUACAUUCGAAAGCAAGUUGGUGCGGCUGAGAUUUUGCACGGUCUUCCGUUGAACAAUGAAUACGAAUUGAUACCGUUUAAUCAUUUCACAUAUAGUCGUGUCUAUCCAAUUGAAUUGGGCUUGGGCAAGCGUGUGGUUGAAAAGCCAAUCGGUUUUAAGCGAAAAGAUUUGUUGGAUGCAUUGAAUCGUGCACUUGACAGUCUCAAUAAGAAUGCGACAACACCAUCGAAUCGUUAUACAUUGGACGAUUUCUCGGAGGGUAUUUAUCGCAUCGAUCCAACCACCGGAACUCAAUAUGAAUUAUACUUUCGAACAAAGGAAAUUCGAAAGUACACAUCGACAACUAGCCAUCAUGAACGGUCCAACAGCCAUAACAAUGACGGUGUUACCAAAUUGACUGUAAUGCGACCGUUUGCACCGUUGCAAACGAUUCAAGUUGAAACAUUCCCGAAACAACGUGAAAAAGAAAAGGAAAUCAUCCACAUAAUAUUGCCACUGUCGGGACGCACAGCCACGUUCCAAAGCUUCAUGGAUAAAUUCGUGAAAAUCGCACUGAAAAAUGAUCGUCGUGUUCAUUUAACGGUCGUUUAUUUUGGCGAAGAUGGUCUAUCAGAAACGCGUUCAAUUAUGUCACGAGUGCUGGGAACGAAGAACAGCGGCGGUAAUUCAUCGAAUUUAAAAUUGUUGGCUCUCAAUGAAACGUUUUCAAGAGCCAAAGGUCUUCGUGUCGGUGCCGAACGAGUCUCCGAUAAAAAUAAUAAAAGUAAAGACGUUUUAUUGUUUAUGUGCGACGUUGAUGUAGCAUUUAGUGCAAAAUUCUUAGACCGAUGCCGUUGGAAUACGAAACCUGGCAAAAAAGUUUACUAUCCAGUUGUAUUCAGUUUGUACAAUCCCCAUGUUGUUUACACACUGCAAGGGAAAGAAGUGCCACCGGAAACCGAUCAGUUGUUGAUUUCACGUGACACUGGCUUCUGGAGAGAUUUUGGCUACGGAAUGACAUGCCAAUAUCGAUCUGAUUUUAUGAAAGUGCGGGAUUUUGAGGAGAUUGUUGGAUGGGGCGGCGAGGAUGUUAUGCUGUACAGAAAAUAUGUACGGUCCAAUGUAAAGGUGAUUCGUGCUACCGAUCCGGGCAUAUUCCAUAUUUGGCAUCCAAAGGUAUGUACAGGAAUCACGAAUGGUCAACGCUUAACGGCCGACCAAUACCGUGCUUGCAUACGGUCACGGGCACUCAACGAAGCCUCACACGCACAGCUUGGAUUUUUAGCGUUUCGUGAUGACAUCGCCGCCCAUUAUCAAGAUAAUAGCGUUGCGAAUUCGAAGAAUUUCACCAAAGGAAGCAUUAAUGUGAAAGCAUUCCCUUUGAAAACGAUUAAAAUCAACAAUAAAUUGAACAAUCUGAAUAGUUCAUCGUCGAACUACAACAAUACCAACGGUUACAAUCAUUCAAAGCAACACAACCGAUCGAAAACAUUAAAUGAUGUUAACGGCUUGAAAAAUACUUGAUCGUACGAGGACCCAGAACUCGGCGAACGAUCAAUUAAAUUAAAGCAACAAUCACAAUUGCAACCCGAAAGCAUUUGGAAAAUUGAAUUUUAAAUGCGCGUUGCCCGGCCAUCAUGGCCUCCAGAUUCAGAAAAGAAAAAUUGUGUUUUUUCUAUUGAUUCUGAUUUUACGUUCGAAGACUGAAUCCGAGAGAAAAUUGGCAUUCUUUUUUAUCGUAAAUGAACAAUCAUUCAUUUGUAUUCGCAUCAUCAAAUUCGUUUAUAACCUUCAGAAGGUUUCAAUAGCGACUUAAAUGAGUCUAUUUAGUAAUUUUGAUCCGUUAUGAAAAUACACAAGUUCUGGCUUUGAAAAUGUGAAAAAAAUAAUUACAACCAAACAUGUUUUAUUGUGAUAGUUUAUUAAAAUCAUUCGUUUAAUCAAUUUAAUGUGAGUAAAACCAAAAAAAAAAAAUAAAAACUAAAUAAAUUGCACCCUUAUAGACAUAUUUUCCAGAGCGUGUUUUGAGCUGACGUUCGCAGCACUAAUUAACGUCAGCUGCUGAUAUCAGCUGCUGACGAGUAUGCGUUGUGUUAUUUCAAUGCAUUUGCAAUAUAAAAACGAAAGGGUAAGCAAUCAUAACAAUGGAUCGUUCAAUCAAUUUUAUACUGCAAAUGCGUUGGAACAACGCAACGCAUACUCGUCAGCAGCUGAUUUUAGCAGCUGACGUUAGUUUGUGCUGCUAACGUCAGCUCAAAACACGCUCUGAUAUUUUCACAUAAUUUCAUUUCGAACAAUUGUACAUUAUAGUCUUUUAUGGAUAAAAAGAAAAUUAACUAAAUUUAGAGCCAAAUGAAAUAAAAUAAAUUUAAUCGAUGAUGUAAAUACGGACUUAUAGUAGACAAUGUCUACUGAACCCUAUCAUCAUUUUAUGGCAAACCGCACACAUUAUCCCAUUUUUAGAUUGCGAACGAAUCAUUGUUGACUGCAAUAUAUAGCUAGAUCAGUUAGAAACAUUAAAUUUUCCAUUGGGCCUCUUUUCAAUGGAUUAGACAUUUGAUUUUGGCAUUGGGUUUUAAACCGAUAUCGAAAUUUGUUCUUAUUUUUGACUGAUAUUUUAGUUGAAUUUUGUUUCCUCCUUCUGUCUUCACCAUUUUAUUUUAUUUUAUGAAACGUAUAGAAAUGAAAUGUAGUGCGAUCUGUAGGGUGUUCUGAGCAUAGAUUUCCCGUUGUUAUUCAAUAUUUAUUAUUUUCACAAUAGAACGUCAGAAAUAAAUGCACAAAAUCCAAAUAAACGAAAGAAAUUACAAUAAAUAUUAAUCGAAAUCGCGACAUAACUCAUCAAAUCUGCGACUGAAUUUUCUUCAACCGAUUACAUUUAAGGAGAAUCAAUGAAACCAAAUGGUAAAUUCCAAAUAUGAACACAUUUUUAAUAUGCAUUUAAUACAUAUAAAAACACAACAAAACUUCUAUUAUGUAUCAAACAAAAAAAAGCAUAAAAUAAUAAAAUACAAUGAAAU